AUGGACGAUGCUAAGUCAGACCUCGUCAACGUUUUAUCAAGAUUGGAGGCGCACUGGGUUGUGCUGGAAGCAGAACUAACAGAGAUCAACAAAGACAUCACACAGUGCGAGCAGUGCGUGCAGAAAUAUGGGGAGUACUUUACUUUUCCAUUGCAACACCUGAAGGAUCUCAAGAAGGCGAAGAAACAGAAGAUGAAGGAGAUCAUUCAAGCAAUGGAGGCUUUCAACGAGAACCUUGUAGGAGGAAAACGUCUGGUCAAGAUGCUAGAACGAGAAAUGCCCGUCGUGAGUGUGAACAGUACAGCCAAGAGCGGAAUGAAUUGA